AGGCAUGGAACCCUAAAAAUUACGAUGGCCAUGGCUUGGCCUAUUUUUGAGACUGAGAAUGCAAGAAAGUGAUGAUUUUCAGAAUUAAAUUACUUAUUAUGACUAUAUUUUACUAUGGGAGCUGUGAGGACUCGGUGACUGUGAGGGAGCCCCCCGCGCCCCCCGCGCCCCCCGCCAACAGGAUCGUCGGGGGACGACCCACCACCGUCGAGGCAUACCCAUACAUGGCGUAUUUAAGAUCAUUAUAUACGAUGCGUGGUCAGAGGCUGCUGGGGGGUGCCUGUGGGGGCGUGAUACUCACACAGCACCACGUGCUCACCGCUGCACACUGCUUAUUUCGAAAAGUCAAUGACACUACAGCUGUUACCGACGCGAAUUACAACUUCAGAUGCACUCAAGAUAGUAAUCUUGAGUGCAUCUGAAGUUGUCAUUCGCGUCGGAUCUACCUACAAUGACCGCGGAGGCCCAGAGCAUGCGACGUCCAAAACCGUGGUCCACGAGGACUACAAAUAUUUGAAGAGUUACGACAACGACGUGGCAGUGUUGGUGCUGCCGACCAGUAUGAGCAACUACCGGAGCAGCUCGGUGCAGCCAGCCGCCAUCCCCCCGGGGGGGUAUGUGGUCCCGGACAAGGCGUCUGUGGUAGCUGUCGGGUGGGGACAGACUGAUAUGAACUGCAGCAAGUCACUCCCCCUCGGGCUGCGGCACGUGGGGCUGCGCAAGGUGGACCGAGACACCUGCGCCGCGCGUUAUUCGAUCUUCUUCUCAUACAACAACAUGAUCUGCGCGGGGCUGCUUGGUGUUGGAGGAGCCGGCACUUGCAUGGGUGACUCCGGUGCUCCCCUGGUGUACAACGGGGUGGUGGUGGGGGUGACCUCAUUUGGGGUGACAUGCGGCGAUUCCUUCUAUCCUCACGUGUUUACACGCGUCUCUAGCUACACCGUCUGGAUCAACAACACUGUACGCCAAAACCAGGUCCACAACUCCGCCGCGGCGGCCGACGCCAACUCCAGUCUGAUGCUACUCACCUCAAUAUGGAUAAUAUAUUCCAAAAACUGAUUAAUUUUUAAUUUUAAGUACGCGCCGAUGGUGUUUGAUCACUCACAAAAUUUUAAAAACGUUUUAGAUAAUUAAUAUUUGUUGUGUCCUAGAUUUCACUUGCAAAGCUAGGGGUUGAGAGGGCCGUUAAUAGCUGCGUUUACCUUCAAUUUCCACGGUGGUUUUGUUAAAAACAUUGUUAUUUAUAUUAA